CUCGUCCGCACUCAGAGCACACCGCCAGCAUGAAGCUGAACAUCUCGUAUCCGGCGAACGCGACUCAGAAGACCUUCGACUUCGAGGAUGAGUCGAAGAUCCGCCCUUUCUACGACAAGCGCAUCGCAUCCGAGGUGCCCGCCGACUCCCUCGGCGAUGAAUGGAAGGGCUACGUCCUGAGGAUCACCGGCGGCAACGACAAGCAGGGCUUCCCCAUGCGCCAGGGUAUCCUGACCAACAAGCGCGUGCGUCUGCUUCUGGGUAAGGGCUCUCCCAACUUCCGUGAGCGCCGCAAGGGCGCCCGCAAGAAGAAGAGCAUCCGCGGCUGCAUCGUCGAUGCCAACCUCUCCGUCCUCAGCUGCGUCGUCGUGAAGACUGGCGAGAAGGACAUUGAGGGCCUCACAGACACAACCCGCCCCCGCCGCCUUGGCCCCAAGCGCGCCAACAACAUCCGCAAGCUCUUCAACCUGAGCAAGGAGGACGACGUCCGCAAGUUUGCCGUGCGCCGUGUUGUCAAGCGCGAGGGCAAGAAGAACAUUGUCAAGAAGCCCAAGAUCCAGCGCCUGGUCACCCCACGCCGUCUUGCCCGCAAGAAGGCCGAGCUCGCCGCCAAGCGCGCACAGCGUGAGAAGCAGAGGGCACUGGCUGAUGAGUAUGCACAGCGCCUUGCUGCCCUUCAGAAGGAGCGCUCCGAGGCCCGCGACGCCCGCCGUGCAUCCUCAAGGAAGAGCCGUGCCAGCGAGCGCAAGUAAGCGCCCCCGGCUUGCUCGGUAUCUCGUCCUUGUUGCUGCCUGUUGUAUUCGCCUGAGUCCUUCUUCCCCUGUGUGGCGUUUGGCUGCUGCUCCCGCUGCUGCCCAUCAUGUUCUUCCCCCCGUGCUGGUGUUGGUUGGCUCGUGCCGCUUUUGUUUCUCUGACACGCCAACAACGUGGUGGACGAAGCAAUCCCAAAAGACAGUAAACACUCACAGCUAG